AUGACCUCUUUCGACGAGAUCUUUGUGAACUCGCAAAUAGCCAACCCCUCGUCGCUGUUUGAAGAGUACUAUCUCCGCGGGCUUCAUCUCUUCCGCAAGCAGCUGGAGUCCUAUGAUGGUACCGUCAACGUGGGGGUAAUGUACGCGGGCCUUUUUAUUUGCACUCUCAAUCUUUUCCAAAGCGCACCAUGGUCUGUUCAUCUGGAGCUUAUGACCACUGUCUAUGGCCUGGGAGGCAGUCUGGACGGCUCUGCUAUCCUGGACAACCCAGACGCCUGUUUUCCCUUGGAACUUAUGGCAGUGAUGGACAUGCCGACCUUUGUCCGAGGACGUUCCACCAUGACACUGGGCAUCUGGCAUAGGUUACGCCAGGCCCAAGAAACUCGUCACGCGAGAGUUGAGGGUGGAAUAGAGGUAAUCACCAGUCUCCCACGGUCACUCCUGGAUAUCUUUUCUUCCAUCCAAGACGAGUCUUCGGAGGAUGCACUGCUCUCGUGGCUAGGAGAGCUCGGAGAGAUACCACAGAUUCACUUGUGGGAAGCGUAUCGCUUCGCUGGAGCUCUCACUGGUCGGCGGUUGAGAAGGGGUCGAGGUCUCCCAUCGUCAGCUCCAUCAACGGAACUCCUAGUCGGUCGUCUCGUGGCAGCCAUCGAUGCCCUCUGCGACACACGGACGCGGCCCGAAUACGAUCACCUGCUCACGUCAAACUCGCUGCUCUAUCCGUAUGUUGCGGCACGGCUGGAGGUUGCCACCUUGCAACGGCGGCCUUCCUGGAUGGAGGUGCUGCGCCGUGCUGUCGACAUUUGCCAACCUUACGGCAGAAGUGCGAAUGCGUGCAAUAUUGCAGAGAUGUUGGAUGAGGCGUGGAAGGCUGGCGAUGAUGAUUACGACAUCGACGAGCAUGCCAGACGGAGGAACGUGGAAAUAGCUCUCUUUUGA